AAUGCUACUGUUACUGCGUAAGUGCAACUGUUGCAACGCAGGGCGCGAUCCCUUACCCGCAGAUGCUUCUACACGGAAAACACUUCCGGUAUGACAAUAGCAUAGAGUCAGUAUAGAGUCAAGUUCACCUCACAAUCAACUCACUUCAGGGGGAACGCUGUGUAGUUCUCUUUCUCUUGCCCCCGUCGAAUUUUCUUCUCUCCUACCACUCCCUUGAUUCUCUCUAAACCUCACCAAAACCUCACUCCAACCUCCAAAAAACCUCAGAGUCAAGCAGAUCUUCAUACCCAAGAUCACCGAGUUGAGCACAACCAAAAAACCACUAAAACCACGAGUUGAGCGCAACCAAAACACCACCAAAACCACUGAGUCGAGCGAAUCUUCAAGCUCCUCCAAAUUGUCAAGCUCCUCAAGCAAAAACAUCAAGCUCCUCACUCCUCUCACGCUCCUCAAUCCUCUCUCCAAAAACCUACAAGAUGAACCGCAAAGCUCUCAAAGCUUUGAUCACCAAGCUGCAAUCCCGCAGCGUGGCCUUCCUCGCCUCAGCGAUGGAACCCCACCACCCACAAGCCGAAAUGGCCUCUCCUCUUCCAUCUCCCUCCGAAAAGAAGCACGACGAGACCGCCGCCCAGGCAAGCUCCGCCUGGACCUGCGCAGCCAGCCCAAAAGAGCUGUACUGCCAGCCGAACUACGCAAAACUCAUCCUGGAUGCAUUCUGCAGCGGCCAGCCCGUGUCCUGCAUGUGCCUGCAGAUCAAGAGCGACCGGCUGCGCAACCAUCUCCGGGGGCCGUACCCCGCCAGCGAAGGGACACAGUUCCGGGCCGACGACAUCGAAUACGUCAUCCACCUGCUCGAGGGCAUGAGCCGGUGCGAGACCUGUCUCCGCGAGCUGCCGAGCAUUGCGCAGCUGCAUGGGCUCAGCAGCGAGACGAUCGAGCGAUACCGCCUGUUCUACCAGUCCCUGCAUCGGGCGUUCUUCAGUGGGGGAUGUGAUACGCACUUGAACAAAGAUCUUUCGAUCGACAUGUACUGCUCGUUCGCCGUGGAGCAGAUGGAGCGGAUGGCGGCGAGUAUUGGACGGAUUGUUGAGGCGUUGAGUGCGGAGCCGCGGUUUGAUCAGGAUGCGUGGUAUGUCGUGUUGAAUCAGGCAGAGCGGCUGAUGACGGCGGCCACUACGUUGCAGGGUCGGGUGGGGCAGGCUGCUCGAGUCUGAAGAUGAAGGGACUUUUU